AUGGCCAAUCCAGACACCUACCUGCGUCAGCCCUUGCUCACAGUGCACGGCAUCCCCAUGGUCAAUGCCUUUGCCCACAACUGGGAGCGCAUCGACACCUUCCAGAGCCGCCCGGAGGACAUUGUGGUGGUCACCUUCCCCAAAUCUGGCACCACCUGGGUCACGGAGAUCGUGGACAUGAUCCUGCAAGGUGGCGACCCCGAGAAAUGCAGACGGGACAUCAUCAGCAAGAGGGUGCCCAUGCUGGAGUUCUCUGCACUCGGGGAAAUGCCAGCAGGGACAGACCUGCUGGCCACCAUGCCCUCGCCCCGUGUGGUGAAGACCCACCUUCCCGCACAUAUCCUGCCCAAAUCCUUCUGGAAAAACCACUGCAAGAUGAUCUACGUGGGGCGCAAUGCCAAGGAUGUGGCUGUCUCCUACUACCAUUUUGACCUGAUGAACAAGUUCCAGCCACACCCUGGGACAUGGUCCCAGUACCUGGAGGAGUUCAUGGCUGGCAGAGUGGCAUAUGGCUCCUGGUACGACCAUGUCAAGGACUACUGGGAGCGGAGGAAGGAUCACCCCAUCCUCUACCUCUUCUAUGAGGACUUGAAGGAGGACCUCCACCGGGAGAUUGCCAAGGUGGCCCAGUUCCUGGGGAGGGAGCUGCCAGAGGCAGCCCUGGAUGCCAUUGCCCGACACACCUCCUUUGAGGCCAUGCGGGACAACCCCACCACUAACUACACCAUGGUACCCUCCCACCUCAUGGACCAUGGCAUCUCUCCCUUCAUGCGCAAAGGCACCACUGGAGACUGGAAGAACCACUUCACUGUGGCCCAGAGCGAGCGCUUUGACCAGGACUACGCGGAGAAGAUGUCGGGCACCGACCUGCGCUUCCGCACCCAGAUUUGA